CUGAAAACAUUGCAUUCUGGUCAUCUCUGUACAAAAUAACUGCUUACAAUAACAGCCGACAUCAAAUUGAGGAACUGGUCACAAAAUGUCCACCAAUAUCCGACAAGCAACGCCUGACGAUCAACACGCCAUCGACGCAAUCAUACAAGAAGCCUUCUCUAUCUACAUCGGUCGCAUAGGAAGGAAGCCACAGCCGAUGCUAGACGACUACACCACACUGAUCAAAGACGGAGUCGUCUAUGUGAUCGAGGGUGAUGGUGAAAUAAAAGGCACCGUCAUGCUUGUUCCUGAGGAGGGCGCCAUGAUUGUGGAUAAUUUAGCCGUUGCUCAGUCUGCACGGGGCACUGGGCUGGGUCGCAAGCUAUUGGAAUUUGCUGAUGAGUCGGCUCGGUUGGCAGGCUAUCAGACUCUCCAGCUGCAUACUAAUGAGACCAUGGUCGAGAAUAUUGCCAUAUAUACACGAAUGGGGUAUGCGGAGACACAUCGUGCGGAUAAUAAGGGGUGGAAGCGGGUUUAUAUGGCUAAGAAUUUGGAUUGAUGGGCUAACUUUGAGAUGGCUAUCUUUGUUAAUCAUGAAGAGAGUAUAUUUAGAUAGUCUGAAUGAUGCAGAUGGUGUAUAAGCUGGCUAAGAAUCUUAUCUGUGACCGGUGUCUGUCAGGUAGCGCGUCCACUGUGAGUCUUGACCUUAUGGCCUUGAAAAUGCGAUCAAAAUUGACAAUAGCAUUUUAGCAAGAAUGAAAGUUGACUGAACAUAGUAGCAAACACUAUGAAGUGCGAGAUAUCAUUGGAUCAAAAUGACGAGAUCGCGCUGGAAUUAGGCUGGCCUGCAGUAAUGCCUGAAAAGACGGGCAGCAAGGAAAAC